AUGGCGGAGUACGCUGCAGUCCCACACACUGAAGAUGACGAGCAUCUGCCUCGUCGCAAGCGGCGUUUCUCUCCCUCCUCACUCUUCUCCCGAGAUCAGCUGGCAGAGUUCUCAUCUGCGCCUGUCGCCAUCGCUGCCGGCGUGCUACUCACAGCCGUCUCUAUUUGGGUGCUCUACGCAAUCUUCUCUGGAAUCUCGGCUCACAGGCAGACCCUUCUUGGCGAGGAAAUCAACAGUCUGGUACCCGAGUUCCCAAGAGUCCCACGAGUCUUCUGGAACGACUCUUCGUAUGGACCAGAUGUCGACAUCUCCACGCUCACGAAGAAAGACCGCGAGCGGGUGCUCGACAACUGGGCUGAAUUGAUACCUGAGGGCGAAGGCUUCGUCCCCGUCGACGACCCCACAAAGUCCACACUGCCGCCCCCACUACAGAAGGACGACCCCUCCGCCCCGUACUACUACGCCAUGUCCGUCUUCCACCAGAUCCACUGCUUGGACUCCAUCCUCCGCAUGUUCCUCGACGCCGACCGCGGCGACCACCGGUCCCACUCGCACGCCGGCGACACGGCCCACGCCAUGCACUGCUUCGACUACCUGCGCCAGGCCAUCAUGUGCUGCGGCGACACCGCCCUCGAGGGCGCCGACCCGUACACCAUCGCGAAGGGCAAGGACACGCUUUCGUUUGGCACGUUUGGGAUCGGGAGCACGCAUAUGUGCAAGGACUACGGCGCUAUCUAUGCGUAUGCGAAGACGCAUGCGAAUCCGAGGUGGCUGGGGCGGGGCUCGGGUUAG